AUGGGCACGAAGCUGUACCCUAACGCACGCACACGAAGCGCUGGGAGUUUGAGUUACACGCUACAAGUUGUGGAUGUACGAAAGGGUCUCAAAGACAGCCUUGAAGCUCUAGGAACCACUAAACUCGACCUGUGGUAUCUCCAUGGACCAGAUCGAAGCACCCCUCUAGAAAAAACUCUGCGAGAGGUAGCCGCCAUCUGCGAGAUUUGUGAACGCCACGGAUGGAUCAAGCCGACCGUCUACCAAGGCGUAUACAACGCCUUCCACCGAGCCAUUGAGCCUGAGCUCAUGCGGUGCCUUCGCCACUACGGCAUAUCCCUGUACUCGUUCCAGCCAUUGGCAGGUGGAUUCCUCACGUCGCGGUAUAAACGGAGCAUGAGCGACACCGACUAUGUUCCAGGGUCUCGAUUCGACCCGUUGCAUCUCCAGGGCAAGCUGCACCACGUGCGAUACGUCAACGACGCCUACUUUGAUGCGCUGGAGGGGCUCAGAGCUGCGGCUGCAAAGCAUCAACUGACCGAGGCGGAGUGUGCGUUACGAUGGCUGUCGCACCAUAGUGCCAUGAGCAAGGAGAAGGGCGACAAGAUUAUUAUUGGAGCGAGCAGUGCAGUUCAGUUGGAGCAGAAUCUGGUCGAUCUGGAAAAGGGGCCGCUGCCGGAUGAGGUUCUUGAGGCCGUCGAGAAGGGAUGGCUACGAGUAAAGGGUGUUGUUCCUCAAUAUUACCACUGA